AUGCCUCGCCCCCCGCGGGAGUUGCGUACGCACGGCCGUCGUUGGGCCGGGUUACGGUAUCGAGGAACCGGACAAGAGGGGCAAGACCCAAGGAUGGCACGAAAGAGAAACACCAGAAACGCCAGAAACGCGUGCAGUCCUCCCCAUUCCCCGUACGUCCCAGUCCCACUCGCCUCCAGUGAUGGCGCAUAUAAAGGCAGUCACUUGCGAGAGACGCAUGCUUUAUCCCCUCUCUCCUCCUCGUCCUCGCCUCUCUGUUUCGUUCAAGGCUUGAUGCCGCACUUUCGCUCCUUUGUCCUUGUUCUCGCCACUGUGGCGGCAGCCUCGCCUGGUGCGGGCUACCACCGCUACAACAAACGCUGUGCUUCAAAGAGCCGCGCUGCCCCCUCCGUUGCUACAGUCACAGCACUCGACGCUGGCGUUUCGACUGCUGUCAACAAUGGAAAUGUUACAAAUGCCUCGGCAGCAAACGUCACCGACUCAGCAGCCACUGCUGGACUCGCAGCCGCCAACCGCCUUGCCAGUGCCGUCCCCUCGGCGGCGACCCCGACAACUGUGGCAUAUGGUGACUAUGACGGAACCCAGCAGCUCCCCACCGCUGUGGCCAACGGUUCUGCUGCCCCUAGCGACUCUGCAGCUGUUUCGUCGGUCAACAGCUCGUCGUCAAACACCGCCGCUCCCUCUCUACCGUCCUUCAAUGCUACCACCGGUUCAGCGCUCGACAUGGCCCAGAGCCUCAAAGUAAAGCAGGUCUUUGCUCACUUUAUGGUCGGUAUUGUCUCGACGUAUACCCAACAAGACUGGGAGAAUGACAUCAAGCUCGCCAAGUCGUACGGCAUUGAUGGUUUCGCCCUCAACAUUGGCACCGACGACUACUCUCAGGCUCAGCUCGACCUGGGCUACGCUGCCGCCGAGGCCGUGGGCGGCUUCACAGUCUUCAUCUCGUUUGACUUUAACUGGUACAAGACCGACCAGGUCAGCAGUGUCUCUACCAUGCUUGGCCGCUAUGUCAAUUCGGCGGCCCAGUACAGCGUCGACGGCCGCGCCUUUGUCUCGACGUUCAUCGGCGACGGCUUUGACUGGUCCCAGGUCGAGAAGAGCAUCAACCACGCGCUCUACGUGGUCCCCAAGUGGGACCCUACGGCCACCAACGCCGAGAACACUGGUGUUUCGGGUCUCUUCUCGUGGCGCGCCUGGCCGGGUCAGAUUGACAACGUACCCAUCAACGCGUCCCUCAGCACUGCCGACGACGAGCUGUACAUCUCCAUCGCCCAGGCUCAGGACAAGGUCUACAUGGCCCCCGUCUCACCGUGGUUCAGCACCCAUUUCGGCAAGGAGGUCUCCUACUCUAAAAACUGGCUUUUCAAGUCGGAGACACUCUGGGUUGACCGCUGGAACCAGAUCCUCCAGCUGGGCGACAAGCUCCAGUUUAUCGAGAUUGUCACUUGGAACGACUAUGGCGAGUCCCACUACAUUGGCCCCUUUGACACUCCCCACACCGACGACGGCGCAAGCAAGUGGGCUUCGGGAGUGCCACACACUGCCAUGCUCGAUGUUGCUCGUCCGUACAUUGCCGCGUUCAAGGCGGGUGCUACCACACCUGCGGUCGACACUGAGGGACUCGUGUACUGGUACCGCCCUCACCUCAAGACUGCCGAGUGCGACUCGACCGACAACUGCGGUUCAAAGCCUACCGGCUGGGAGUUUGUCGCAGACUCGGUCUUUGUGGCCGCCAUGACCAAGUCGGGCGGCACCGUCACUGUCACCUCGGGCAGCAACGCCGCCGUCACCAAGACCGUCGCGGCUGGCAUCCAGGUCAUCGAGGUGCCCAUGGGCGCCGGCGAGCAGCAGUUCAAGAUCACCCCGACCGGCGGCUCGGAGCUCUCGGGCACAGGCAACAUCACCGUCUCGGCUGACUGCUGGAACGGCAUCUACAACUUCAACUUUGCCUCGGGCAGCGUCAUGGCUGCCGCUUGA